CAAUGGCACGCACAAAUUCCACGUAUUCGGCAAGCCCGCAGCGAUGGCGAUCACCGCGGCGCAGCCCAGAGCGUCAGCCCUCCGAAGAUGGUUCACAGUACGAAAUGGACCUAGACGCGCUAGGUUUAAAUUCCACAUUCGAAUCGACCGAGCUCGACGAGAGCCAGCGACCAAAGAUUGAUGUUGUAGAAACGAGCGACAUCGAUGGCCCAGAAGACUUCACCAUGAACAUGACUUACUGGAUGACCGCGGAGCUCCCUAUAACACGCCAAGUCAAGUCCCGGAAGGAGGCAAAAUUUAAUAUCGUCGAGGUGCGCGGAGAUGCGACGCAAGAGUCGGAAGGAAGCAAGACUGUCGAUGAUCAAGAAAAAGCCCAGGAUCAAACUGCAGAUACCAACCCGCCCGCCCAAGCCACAAUUGUCUCGCAUGAGCGACCUGGUAGCAAAGACGCGUCCGAUGAAUCCAUGGAGCACGAAGAAAAGGUCCGGAGUUAUCUCAGUGCCCUUCCCGAUGCAGGCGUUGGCGAACGUCCUCUGCCGGUCACGCCGCGACCAGUUCCUAAGCAGAGCAUGCUUCAAGUUCCGAGUCCCUCUGUUGCAAAAACACGGUCGCUCCAGCCCACCGUUGAGGAUUACGAUACACCGCGGAAACCGACACAAGAAACUGUGAUACACCACCCGCCACAACGUAUCGUGGAAGAGGAAAGAGACGAUUUGCGACAAAAGGUCCAGGAGUUGCAAGCGCAAUUGGAGCAACAGCAACUAGUCUCUAAGACGCGCAUAACUGAACUGGAGACAUUGCUCUCCUAUACUCGCUCUGACCUUGAAACCGCCCGAAACGAUACCUACACACACAAGACUCAAAUCCAGAGCUUACGAAGCGAACAAGAAAGGUUGCAAAGGGAAGCUGAGGAUAUGCGCGGCAAACUGGAAGAUCGAGUGAAGAAGCAAGAAGAAGAGAUGGCGUCCCGUAUGAAAGAGUACAAAGAAGAGUUGCGACUGCAACAUCUUGCAAAAUCACAAGACCAAAGAGAUGAGUUCGAACAACAACUGCAAGCCGUGGAAAAUGCAAAACGCGCUGCGGACGAAAAAGGGGAAGAGAGGGAGCGACUACUCAUACGAAUGAAGACCGAGUUGAGUCAGCUCCGAUCAUCGCACGAAGAAGAACUGGAGGACAUGAGGUCUACUUUCCCAGAAGAACACCAUAUGACCCACCAUGAAAUCCCCCCAGCACAGCACGACAUGCAGAAACAGCUUUCUACUUUACAGUCGCGCGCUCAAACCUUGCAAGCGGAACUCGAGCGAGCGACAUCAGAAGCACAAUCUGCUCGUCACGAAGCUGAGAAGAGCGCUGCUCUCGAAACGUCCACCAGAACAGAGAAUCAAACUCUGCAAUCUCGGGUCGAAGACCUACACUCUCGCGAGGACUCCCUGCAGAAACAGCUUUUGGGGGCGCAGACAGAAUUGGAAGCACAAAACCGAAGACUGCAGGACUCAUCCGAAAACGAAGAGCGCCUGGAUAGUCUCCAGAAACGUCUGGAGGAUUCUCGAGCGGAAAUUGCUGCCAAAGAUAAACAAGUACUACGGAUGCGUGAACUAGAGUCUCAAGUGGACGCCCUGCGAGCGCAAUUGGAUGCAGUCCGCAACGACGCAGGUACCAAGGACCAUCAGAUGUUGCAGCGUAUGGAAGAACAUGAACACUUCGAGGAACGAUUGAAUACUGCGCACGGCCGCACCCAAAGCCUAGAAGCGACGGUAGCCACUCUUCGCCAACAGAUCGCAGAAGCGCGUCAGAAAAGUGCUAAAACCCAAGCGGAUGCUGAGCAGUUCGAACAAGAUCUUGAGGAUGCUGGUGAGCGCCUUCAAGAUGCACGUGUCGAAGCGGAUCGAAGGGUAGCAGACGUCGAGAGAAGGCUAGCCAAGACGAAGGAUGCGAAAAACGACUUGGAAUCUAGGUUCAACGAUCUGAAAUCUCAGCACGAGGAGCUCGUUGAAGACUACAAAUUCCAGAUGGAACAGGUGCGCGACAAAGCCGAAGACGCAGUUAGGAAAGCUGGCCAUCUUCUCGAGCAGGAACGCAGCGAAAAGAAGAGGAUUGCCAAAGACUUGAAAAGAGCAACCCACGACAUUGAACAGCUUCGCGCCGAGAACGCAAAAAACUCAACCGACCUGGAAUUCUCCGACGAAGAAAGCUCGAUAUUAUCGUCGUCUCAUGACGAUGCGAAGGAUACGGAAAUCGAACACCUCCGCCUUCUCCUUCGCAAACAAUCCUCCACCCUCAAAUCCUUCAGAUCAGAAACAACCUCCCUCCGCAAAGAAACCAUACGCCUCAAAACCGAAAUCCACCAACUCUCCUCUACGUCGACGGCGGGAGCCGAAGACCGGCUCCAUGCCUCUAUCUCCGCGCUCCGCCGCGAAAACGAGAAACUCACGAACGAACUAAGACUACGCGAAGAAGACUUUGAAGCGGUCAACAAAGCAAUGGAUGAGCGACUCGCGGCAAUGGUGAGCAAAGUGCUUAAGCAAAAGGCUAAGAGCGUCGUGGGGAAGCGCGAUGAGCAAUGGGCGGGUAGCGUUAGCCAAGCUGUUGGCGAGCGGGAUUUGCUGGGUAGAGCGCUGAUGAGAGAAUGGGGGAGACAGGAAGUUGGUGUUGCGGAUGAGGACGAAGGGCAGGGGUAUAAGUACAAGUAUGUGCGUCGGUCCUGAGUUUGUGGAUACUUGACUGCUUCCUGUUGCAUGCGUGUUUUGUUUUU